GACUUGAAAAACUCAAACACAUCGAAUAAGGGCCAAUUUUGGGUCGGUUUUUCAUUUGAAAUAAUUUCCGAUUCUCUUUUUUGGAUACAUUUUAUUCUCUUCAUUUAUUGGUUUCUUGGAGACCAUCACGAACGGUGACUUUUGUCAAAACCAACGCCAAUAGGCGAAUCCAACUGCAGUCUUUUUUUUAGUGAGGUGACCGGUCAAACGCAGGCUGUCUGAUUUGUCUGCCUUCUCUGAUUCUACGAACAGAGGACAGAAGGGCGGUCAAGCGUUAGUUAAGGACGGCACAAGAGCCCAAGUUGAAGGCCUCUGGAGCUAUUCGCGCUCAGAGCGUGGAUUCUGUCGAGGCUUUGAUAUUGGCGUCUUGGCCAUCUUGUUUGGGUGUGAAGGUUCGACCAGCGCCGAUUGAAUAACACUCUCUAUCUGCUUGUCAGGAUUCAUUGCAUGGUCCAAAGCUUGCUUACCCACGCAUCACUUGAAGGAGAUAGUGUGCAGUGAAGACUGAGAGUACGACUGUUCCAAAUACGACUGGUACUUGAAGCAACUGACGCCAUUGUUGCUGCAAGACGCUGAAGCCCAACUCUUUAGGAACAUCUGGGAUCUGCACGAGGACUGCUUGCACUGUGUAAACCGUUACUCAUUUUACAAACGGAGGCUGCUGGAGAAGCAGUCCAAUUACCAUGGCAGCACCACCACCCACAGAUUCCAAGCCAAAGACUCUUGGAAUCAAACGAGCUCUGAAGAGAUUAUUUGGAAAGUCACCGACGCGUCAAGCUGGUGAAUGGAUACAUGCUGCCAGUGCCGACCAGCUGGCAACUGGCAACACCUCAGAGGAAGGCGCGGCAGCUGGCGACUCAGACUCUCAUCGCUACGCUGCAUCGUCCUCGCAUAUCGAUUUACGCUCCGACACAACCACCACACAAGCGACAAACGUUGCGUCAGAGAAGGAAAAAGCACCCGCCGAUGCUGUAAUUACCUCUGCAGUACCCGACGAAAUGCCCUUGGAAGAUAACAAUGGCAAUAAGCUGCCGUCGAGGGCAAAGCUCCUCGCCGAUAAACAGAAGAAAAGCCAGGAAAACAAAGAAAAUAUUCCACCCGCGGAAGAAAUCGACAAUGUGACUGCUUCUAUGGGCGCUGUUCAGAUUGAUGGCGCAUCAGAACACCACCCAGAUCCUGUUCCCAUUUUGGAGACGGAUCCCGUUAUCGCUGCUGAACGGGCUCAACAUUUACGAUUUAUCGGAGAGGCUUUGGAUAUGGCCCGGCUGGCUCUGAAAAUUAAUGAGACGCCCGUUGGUUGUGUGCUUGUUAGAAACGGUGAGAUUAUUGCGAGAGGCAUGAACGCUACGAAUGUAACCAGAAAUGGAACACGACACGCCGAAUUCAUGGCUAUCUGUGCGUUAUUAUCAUCCCCCUCCAAAACCGGCCCCCGCACAACACGUCUAAAGCCAAAGGAGCUGUCCGAGAAGGAGGUCCGCGAUAUGAAAGAAGAACGAGAGGCUCUGAUCGAAGAUGGCGAAUCUGUUGACACGGCGUCUGAAACGGCAUCGCUGAACAACAUAGCGCUACACGAAGGGAAUGAGGAUGGAAGCAAAAGCCAUCUCUACCCCUACGGGCAGAAGCUCAUUUCGGACGAACGCGUGAAUAAGUCUAUCAUCACAGAGAGCAUUCUUUAUGUUACGGUAGAGCCGUGCAUUAUGUGCGCCUCGCUGCUGCGACAGCUUGGUAUUAAAAAAGUCUACUUUGGAGCGGUGAAUGAUAAGUUUGGCGGUACAGGUGGUGUAUUCAGCAUUCACGCCAAUUCUCUUCCAGUCUCCGAAGAUGGACAGACCGCCAGCGCACAUCCCAUGCCACGUGCAACACAACUAGCUGAUGGAACAGGAGGGACUCUUGGUAUCUCUUUCCCUCCUGGCGGCGGUGAUGGUGGCAACGUGGAGGCCGGAUAUGAGAUUGAAGGCGGUUGGGGUCGGGAUGAAGCCGUCGGAUUACUACGUCGGUUUUAUGUACAAGAAAAUGGCCGAGCACCUGUGCCUCGAAAGAAGGAAGGGCGAGCAGCUCGACUCGCAGCCAUCGAAAAUGGAGAGCUGAUUGAAGGAGAAGACCAACUAGGUGACACGACGCCAACGAGCGAUGCCAGUCCGGACAACUUCAUGUCGAAGACCACUGAGUCAAGUGGCCUUGCAUGAUGUAUGCAUGGCGCGAGGAACUAGUUUGCCGCCAGAUCCGCAUAUUUUGUAUUAUAUUUUCUACUCUGAGUCGGCGAAGAUAUCCGUGGCUCUACAUAAUGAACUGAUGCAUUGAUUACUCAUUCUAAUUCCUAUUUUUAAUUACUAUACUGAUGGGGUUCAGUCUUGAUAUGCAGCGCUCCCAUCAGCAGAGGCAUACCAGUUCGCCGCGGAAUGGCCUUGUACGAGCCAUGCGUCAAGGUCUAGUUUUUGGAGGCGUCGAUGCUGGCCUCAGCGACAGGUUCACGAGAAGCACGGACCAGGCGUGUUGUUUCAUCGCUAGUCUCCUCGGCAUCGCCGUAUGGCUGGAAUCGGGGAUGGGCAGCGCGGCCUUCUUCAAUAAUAGCCGCCACCUCGUCGUCUUCUUUGUUGCUGGCAAGGCAACGCAAGAUGAAGUAGCCAUGGAUAAGACUGUGAACCGGUUAGAUAAAGGGCUAAGCGAGAUAAAUCUAGCGGUGCUAAAAACUUACAGGUUAGUCCAGAGAGCGAGUGUAUUGUAAGUGCCCAUGACGACGGCGCCGGAACCGCCUCUGUAUCCUCUCCACCCACAUCCUCCUUGUGAGAGUAUGAUGAUGCUAACAAUGAUGAAGGAGAGAUGAAAGGUGAGCAAGCCAAGAUCGGCGAGAAGAGUAACGUAUUUGCGGAAUGAACCGCGUCUUGGAGUAGUCUCGGGAAGCCUGACACGUCGGCUACGUAGAUCGAUGACGGCGAGCAGAGCAGAGCCUGCGAGCCCCAGGAGACCAAGUGCUGGAAAUACUUCCUUCGAGAUGGCACCCUGUACGAUGUAGGGCACAAAAGACACGACGAAGACGAAGAUGCUGAGCUUUCGUAGGACAAUGGAGAGCGAAACGGUGAUUUCGUCUUGGACGAUGAUGGAGACAACCAUUUUGAUGGAACUUGCGGUGAAUUAGGGAUGACUUUUUA